AUGCAUCGCAUGAGGAGGGCUCCUAUUAACAGGUUCCUCUCCCGUGCUCAGAUGCUCAAGCUUGAGGCAGAGGUUCACGAAUUCACCCAGCGCAUGUGUGACAAAAUGCUCCGUACUUGGGGACCGUUUGAUGUUAAGGAAGUCUAUAACUGUUACACGGCUGACUUCAUUUCCCAAUAUACAUUCGGAGACGACAUGAAGGCACUUAUGAAUGAGCUGAAUAUUACGAUUCCUGGGCAAAUCCAGCGAGCCUUGGAUAAGAAGGAAUCGGGAAGGAUGUUUACUGACCUUAUCGAGUCCGAUCAGCUACCAGAGGCCGAGAAAACCAUAUUCCGUCUCUCCGGAGAAGGAUCCACGAUUCUUGCUGCAGGAGAGAGCCCGCUUAAUCUCAAAUGGACCGACCUUGAGCAGCGCCCCGACUUAUGGGCCGUGAUAUACGAAGCACUGCGCUUCACGCCUGGUAUCUCGCAUAGGCCGGCUAGAAUCGCCCGAGAGGAGGAUCUGUUCUACAAGAGCGAAAAUGGCAAAGCCCAGUGGGUCCAAAGCGAGUUCCGGGCAGAGAGGUGGCUUCUUGCGAAUGGGCAGCAGAACUAUGCAUUUGAGAAGCAUUUGAUGUCCUUCGGCAAAGGCAGUCGGUCAUGCUUGGGUACCAACCUGGCGUAUUGCGAGCUGUUUCUAUUGACAGCUGCAAUGGCGCUGCGAGUGCUUCCCAGAGCCAAGCUGCUGUCCUCUAUCGAAGAUGUCCGAUACGACCAUGAUCUUGUUGUUCCGAAUGCGAAAUACGGCUUGAUCCGCGCGUAUAUCCAGAUCACCUAG